AUAUUAUCUUUUAUUGGCUCGUAAAAUUGAGUAAGUCCCUGUCCUAUUGAAUAAUUAAUCGGUCUUCAGCUGACAAAGUUAAACUUCAACCUCAACAGGAGGAAUGUUAAAGGGGAAACCCUCAGUGUAGCUAAGGUUCAAAAGACCAACCUUCGUGCGUUUGGCACGAAUCCAGCAGCCCUACGGAAUAGCGAUAUAUUGGUGACAGCGAAAGCCUUUUAUUGUUUUAUUUUUAUUGGUGACAGUUGGUUAAUUACUCCUUGUAUACAUCAAUUAGUUAUUUUUGAUACUAAAUGCAGUAAUAGUCUGGAAUAACACCCCAGGUAUUACACUACCCCAGAAGUUUCACAACAUUUACCAUCUAAAAUAGGCAUAACGAAUGAUAAAGGAAAAACUCUUCGAAAAAAGUGUCGUAUGUGUCGUCGAAAAAACAUUCGAAAAGACACAAUUUAUCAUUGUUUGAUGUGUCCACAAAAACCAAGGUUAUGUCUUGAGCCAUGUUUUCAAGAAUUUCAUAGUUGAGCGUACCGUGAAUUGUUUUUGUGUUUUUUCUUGUGCUUCAUUUUGUUAGAUAUCUCGUAUUUCCGUUUUUCGUCCAAAAAUAAAACUUUAUUUCUGCAUUAAUGAUUUUUUACUUUUGAAUUCACGUGCGCUUUACAAAAAAAAUUUGAGCAAACACUAAACAAGGUUUGAUUACGAUCAAGACAUCAUUAUGUAACAUAUAAGGAGCUUUUUUGAUGACAAAAUAUCAAUUUGGUCCAACACAAAUAUACAAUGCCGAUGAGACGGGCAUUAGUACAGUUCAGGAUCCUGGAAAAAUUUUAGCUACCAAAGGCCAGAAAAGAGUGGGCUUUGCAACCAGUGGAGUGGAGAGAGGGGUAGAAACAUCACAGUUAUGUGUGCUAUGAAUGCCGCUGGGGGAUACAUUCCACCCAUGUUUAUUUUUCCACGAAAGCGACUGACACCUCAUUUAGAAAAAGAUGGACCACCGGAGGCAUUAUAUAAAUGUUCAAAUAAUGGUUGGAUUUAUGAAUGGUUGCAACACUUCCACAAAUACUCAAAACCCAGUGAAACCUCACCAGUUCUUCUAAUUACAGAUAACCAUUCCAGCCACAUAUCAAUAAAAGUUUAUGAAUAUUGCAAAGCAAAUAAUAUUUCUAUGCUUUCAAUUCCGCCUCAUUCAUCUCACAAGAUCCAACCUUUGGAUAUGGUUUUUUAUGGGCCUCUUAACACGUUCAGUGCGCAUGACGCACCCGUGCGGUGACCAUUGUUUUUCAGCCGCGCGCAUGACGCACUGGGGCGUCAUGUACGUUAUUUUAUCAAACCGGCGGUAUUUUGAUAGCGCUUGUAGUGGAUGUGUCGAAACAGUGGGAGCACGUUUAAUAGGGGUUAUAGUAAAAUCGGCGUCGUCUGUGAUUUCAUUAGAUUUAAGGGAUAAAUUUAGAAGUGCAAUAUGGGUGAUUCAGAGAUGAGUGAACCAAGUACUUCGAAAGGAAAAAGGCGAAGAAUCGAAGUUAAAAACCCCAAAAACAUCACAGAAGAAGAACUUUUACGUAUAUUAGAGGAUUCAGAUAUUGAGGACUGCGAUUUUAAUAGUGAGGGCUCCUAUGUCCCUAGUGAUUAUGAGCUGUCCUCUGAUGAAGAUGAAGGUAAUCAAACCACCUUAACAGUUGAUGAAAUCGGUAUUUCAGAAGGCAGUACCAAUAUUGUGGACAAUUCGGAUGUAUGGAAUGAUUUUUGUAUGGGAAUGAAACAAAUUGAUUUCCAAAAGACUCCAGGUUUUUUAGUUGCAAUUCCUGAGAAUGCUAGUCCUUAUGAUUAUUUUUGAUUAUUAUUUGACGACAAUUUGUUGGAACAUGUUGUUAAUGAAACCAAUAGUUAUGCUGAAAACAUUUUCCUUUCUGUUGGUAUUUCGGAACAUUCAAGAAUAACUCGUUGGAGAAAUGUUACCAAGGACGAGUUACCUACUUCAGUUUAUAGGACUUAUUAUCCACACAGGAACAAUCAAGUGCAACGUUUUAAAGGACUAUUGGAAAACCCAUUGGCUUUUUGGGAUAAAAUGUUUUUCAAAAUAUAUGAGUCGGAAUCGCUUUUUCCUAAUUCUGAGAAGUUUGCAUUUUGCUAGAAAUCCAAGUGAAGAAGAAACAACGCCAGAAGAUCGUUUGUAUAAGAUUCGUCCCUUAUUGAACUAUUUCCAGGAAAAAAUUUG